AUGGUUACCGCUGCUGAGACGCUCAAGGAUUGCGUCGAGCUCAUCCGGUCUUGCCGCAGCGAGAGCCGGGCUCGAGUGAUUCACGAGUGGGUCUUCUCGCGGCAGUCUCUAGUGCUGAACUCGCGGCUCUAUCUCUCGAAUCUCCUCGUGGAGAUGUACGGCAGGUGUGGGAGCGUCGAGAGUGCCGAGAAGAUCUUUGCGGAUAUUUCUCCCAAAGACUCCCACUCGUGGGUUCUCAUGAUCUCCGCGUACGGAAGGAAUGGUUUUCUCGUCCAAGCUAAGAAAACGUUUGAUCUAAUGCCGGAUCCGAGUCUAGUUGCGUGGAAUUGUCUUCUUGGCGCAUAUGCCCGGCUUGGGCAUUUGCAGGAAUCCGAGCGAAUCUUUUGUGGGAUGCCUGCGUGGGAUAUCUUCUCAUAUACGGCGAUGCUUGCGGCAUUUGUAAAUGCGAAGUGUUUUGAUAAUGCGAAUGUUUUGUUUGAUGACAUGCCGGAGUGGGACGUGGUUUGCUGCAACACUCUAAUGGCAGCGAAUGAAAGCUACGAUCAGGCAAAAGAUUUGUUUGAUUCGAUGCGCGAGUGGACGCUGGUGUCAUACAACACCAUUCUAAAUACAUUUGCGAGAACGUCAAAAGCUUGCGAUGCAAAGAGCUUCUUUGAUUCUAUGCCCGCCAGAGAUAUGUUCUCGUGGAAUGUUCUUUUGAAAACUUAUACCCAAAUCGGGUAUCUCGAUCAAGCGAAAACCUUGUUUUCUGGCAUGAAAAUGCACGAUACAGUGGCUUGUAACACAAUGUUGCUUCUGUAUGAAAUGCAUGGCGCUGUAGAGGAAUCUACUGUACUUGUCAGCUCCAUGCCGUACUGGGAUUCCGUCACUUGGAAUAACAUGCUUCUGGCAUAUACCCGAAAUGGGCAUCUUGAAGAUGCCAUUAGAGUAUAUGAAAUACUGCCUUCAAACCUUGUCUCCUGUACUGUCAUGCUCUCGGCAUAUUCCCAGUCCGGGAAUCUUGACAAAGCCGUGUCUUUGUUUCAUAGGUUCACGUAUAAAGACCAGGCGCUAUGGAAUACUCUUCUGGCUGCCUAUGUUGGUAAUGGAUGCCUCGAAUAUGCCCAGGCCGUGUUUCUUAGAGCUCCAAAGCUCAGCUCUGUGUCGUGGAAUAUAAUGGUGGCGGGCAAUGCGAAGGUUGGGUUUAUUAGCGAGGUUUUGAGAUUGGUACACACGAUGGUGGUGGAGGGAGUCGAGCCUGAGACUGCGACGCUCCUUUCCAUCUUGGUUGGAUGCAACCAUGGCGGCGAUGUCUACACUGCUUGGAAAUACUUGCAGUGCAUGGUUUGUGACUUUGGUAUUGCUCCAACGAGGGAAGUUUACUGCUGUGUGCUAGAUCUUCUCAUGAGAGCCAACUACAUAGAGGCUGCAAGGGAUUUGUUUUACAACAUGCCAUUUGAGCCGGAAGCAGUUGACUGGAAAUGCAUGAACAGAUUAUUCCAGGCCAUGAGACUAGUAUAA